AUGGGGUCAGUGGGGGGCGGGGAGCAUGCAGGGCUGGCGGAGGCAGACAGGCACGGCAUCGGCCCCACUGACGACAUUGUGGUCCUCCCACAGCCUGACGGCACCCGGGCACGCCUGGAGAUUGUGCUGCUGGACAACGUGUCCAAUGGGUUUUGCGGUGUCAUCCAGCUCCUGGAGUGGUUCGAGCUCCCCAACAGAUUUUUGUUGGUGAUGGAGCAUCCGGAGCGCUCUCAGGACCUCUCUCACUUAAUCACGGCGUGGAGGUUCCUGCCGGAGGAGAUGGCGUGGGGGCUGUUCCACCAGGUGCUGAAGGCCGUGCGGCACUGCAGCAGCUGCAGCGUCCUGCACUGGGACAUCAAGCCCCAGAACAUCGUCCUCGACCUGGCCACCGGCGAGGCGAAGCUAAUUGACUUUGGAUGUGGCACGUUCCUUCAGGACACAGCCUACACCCAGUUUGCAGGAACACCGUUGUACAGCCCGCCAGAGCAGAUCUGGCUCAAAAGCUACCACAGCGAGGCGGCAACGAUCUGGUCCCUGGGCAUCCUGCUCUACCAGAUGGUCUGUGGGCAGUACCGUUUCUGGAAAGGCAGGAGCACCAUCUGGGGCCAGCUCUCGUUCCCAUGA